UUCCUCAGGCGGCCCGUGGAAUUUGACACAUUGGCCACGCCCAUCGCGUCACAGAAGCGCCUGUGAUUGGCUACUCCUUCUGGUUACCAUAGGCGUUGACUUCCGGUAUGCGGAGGCUGGAAUUUCGUGUUCCUCCUUCGUGCUAGUGCUUUCCGUGAAGGCUGUUUUUGCUUGUAGCUUUAAUUCGACUCUAAAUUGUUCGACGUUUAUUGAUGUGUCCUUACACGUCUUUGUAGGGAAGUAUGACCGAGAGCGCGGUGAACAAGGAGGCGAACGGGGACGCGUGUCAGCACCGGGCGGCGAACGGAGUGAAGCCGGGGAGAAGCAGCGCAUUGAAGGGACAUCAGUGUCACCAGGAACCGCAGAGAUCCGGCAAGCUCCACCAGACCGAGUGUAAUGGAGGUUUAUACAGCAAGCCGUUCAUCGAGUCAUUCGACGAGACUCCGAUGCUGGUGGCCGUGCUCACGUACAUGGGCUACGGCAUCCUCACCAUCUUCGGCUACCUGAGAGACUUCCUCCGCCAGUCGAAGAUCGAAAAAUGUCACAUAGCUAGAGAAAGAGAGGAGCAAAAGGAUUUUGUCCCACUUUAUCAAGACUUUGAGAAUUUUUACAACCGAAAUUUAUACAUGAGGAUCCGGGACAACUGGAACCGGCCCAUAUGCAGCGUGCCAGGGGCCAAGAUGGACCUGGUGGAGCGAGUGUCCCAUGACUACAACUGGACCUUUAGCCACACGGGCCGCGUGGUGAAAGACGUGAUCAACAUGGGCUCGUAUAAUUACCUGGGCUUUGCUGAGAAAACAGGCUCGUGUGCUGACGCUGCUGCAGAAGUCACUCUGAAACAUGGUGUCGGCGUGAGCAGCACCAGGCAGGAGAUGGGUAACCUGGACAGACACGAGGAGUUGGAGAAGCUGAUAGCGAGGUUCCUGGGCGUGGAGUCGGCCAUGGCGUUCGGGAUGGGCUUCGCAACCAACUCCAUGAACAUUCCAGCACUGACUGGCAAGGGGUGUUUGAUUCUGAGCGACGAGCUGAACCACGCCUCUCUCGUUUUGGGAGCGCGCUUAUCUGGAUCCACCAUCCGGGUUUUCAAGCACAACAACAUGCAAAGCCUGGAGAAGCUGCUCAGAGACGCUGUAGUGCACGGCCAGCCCAGAACCCACCGACCCUGGAAGAAGAUCCUCAUACUGGUGGAGGGGAUCUAUAGCAUGGAGGGCUCCAUCGUGCGUCUGCCCGAAAUCAUCGCCCUGAAGAAAAAGUAUAAAGCCUACCUGUACCUGGACGAGGCUCACAGCAUCGGCGCUCUGGGACCCCGGGGUAGAGGCGUGGUCGACUACUUCAACCUGGACCCCACAGACGUAGACAUCAUGAUGGGAACGUUCACCAAGAGCUUCGGUGCAGCCGGGGGUUACAUCGGCGGAAAUAAGGAGCUGAUAGCAUACCUGCGCUCACAUUCUCACAGCGCCGUGUACGCCACCUCCAUGUCGCCUCCCAUUGUGGAGCAAAUUUUCACUUCUAUGAAGUGCAUCAUGGGUGAGGACGGGACCACGAUAGGCAGGGAUCGCAUCCAGCGGCUGGCAGAAAACACAAACUACUUCCGCAAGAGGCUGAGAGAGAUGGGCUUCAUCAUCUACGGCAACUACGAUUCACCUGUAGUUCCUAUGAUGCUCUACUUGCCCGCCAAAAUCGGGGCAUUUGGUCGGGAGAUGCUGAAGAGGAACAUAGGUGUGGUCGUCGUGGGCUUCCCUGCCACGCCCAUCAUCGAGUCUAGGGCUCGCUUCUGCCUGUCUGCGGCUCACACCAAAGAAAUGCUGGACACGGCCCUGAGUGCGAUCAGCGAGGUGGGAGACCUGCUGCAGGUGAAAUACUCGUGGCACAAAAUCCUCCGGUCUCUCGACCGGCCCUACGACGAGACUACAUACGAGGAGUGUGAAGACUGAACACCUUCCAGCCUCGAUGGGAAACGUGCACUGCUCUCUGUCCAUCCACACCAUUCACUGUACCACUUAAUACACCUCUCUCUCUCUCUCUCUCUCUCUCUCUCUCUCUCUCUCUCUCUUGUCAUCAUGUUUUUGUUAAGCACGUGAAGCUCAUGUUACUCUACUUUUUCUUUUUUUUUUUUUUUUUUUUUUGCUUCCUUCUUUCUUUCUCUGUUGGUCCUCAUCUCAUCUUUGACAUUCAGGAUCUUGUCCUUAAUUCAUUGUGGCAUUUAUUAGGAAAACAGCUUCAGUUCCAUGCUGCCAACCACAAGAUGCUUUGGAUUGCUUAUUGUGCUCGCUAAAGCCAUAUGUAACUGUAACCCUCACGCCGCUCUUUCGCGCGUACAAAGCAUCUUUUUGAAUAAGUGGGACCAGACUGGCGGCAGGAACAAAUGAUCAGUCCCAGAGAUGCUGGCUUGUUAAACCACCUCUCUCUCUCUCUCUCUCUCUCUCUCUCUCUCUCUCUCUCUCUCUCUCUCUCUCUCUCUCUCUCUCACACACACACACACGUUGCUCUUUUUUUCCCCUCUCGUCUGGUGUCUUUCAUUCUUCCAGCGUUUAGAAAGUUUCCUUUAUUUAUUUAUUUUUUUUUUAAUUCUCCCUCCUAAGAUAUCAAUCACGACGUCGGCGUUUUUCCGUGAAAGAAAGAAAGAAAAAAGCUCGGCUUGCUCAAACGUAUCAAACCUCCGUUUCCGAGAAUUCAAGCUCCGAGCUAUUUGCACUAGGAUUAAAAUAAAAGUCUAGAGACGUCCGUCCGUCCGUCCGUCCGUCCGUCCGUGUCGGAUUAUAACCCCCAAAGAUACAUGAGAGGUCUGAAUACAACAACAAAUCGUUAAAGUGACCUCAUUAUAUCAUGAACUACCAUAAAGUCGGGUUUAUGGAACAGUCUUAAUUUAAGUCGCGUCUUUAUCCGUGCUCUCGGUCUUAAAACCCCGCUUCACGAUUCUCUGCUAUGUGCAUAUUUGUACAUAUUUAUUUAUUACGUAUAAUAUCUUCUCUUUUGUUAUUUCACUAAAACACGUUACUUGUUUUUUCCAUCUCUGGCAGCUUCAGAAACAUCCUCGAUAAGACGCGCGAGUCCACAGUGUGCACGCUCUCAGUGCGAAUACUACUGAAGAGAAUCCUUCAUCCAAAUGUGUUGUUUUUUUCCUUUCUUUUUUUUUUUUGUCUGAUUUAUAAAAAGGUGUUGAAGCGAACACACUGUGGUUUCCGUGCCUCGUCCUGUACUUAUCCAUUCCAUUCGCUCUUUAGCGCUUUCGCUGUUCUUUAACGCGUUUUUUCUUCAUCUUUAAAUUCGAUUCGUUUCAAAGAACUAGCGUUAAUGUUGGGAGAUUAGAUGUUAGUUAGAUGGCUUUGUUUUCUUGUUUGUCCUUUAAAUGAACUUAAAAAAAAAGAGUAAAACACGAGAGGUUAAAAGAGUUAAAUAACUUGUAUAAAUAAAUCUAAACACAUUACAUAAUAAAAUAAAGAAUCUUGUUUAAAAAAAA